AUGGAUGAUCAAGUUGAAGCACUCGAUAGUGCAGCGAAGCUGCUAAAUGUCGAAAAAGACAGGCUUCAUCCACUCGUACAUUGCAAGUAUAUUCUUCAACUCGAUACUAUCAGCUCCCUGCAAGCAUUGCUGCAGGCGAUAUCCGACAACACUCCAAAAGGGCAAGAACGUACAACAUACGAGCAUAAUACUGCGAUUUGGCUCGAGUCGCGCAUCUUGGCUGUGCAACUUUGGGUGGUCAAGAGGUUGCUCAUCCAAAUCCAACUCUUUGAAACUGAGAACAGAGCGCUGCACAUUCAAAUCCAAGACUCGCUCAGUGGUAUUGUGAUACGAAUGCAGGACCUGAGUAAGGAAGUAGCAGCUCUACGAGAUAAUUUCCACCGAGUGCGACCUGGACGCACUGAAGAGUCACUGCAAGAAGAAUGGGCCAAGAACUUCUUUGUGGAUGGGGCUAAGAAUGUCAACUCGGGCGACGUCGGUCUUGAGUCGACGAUUCAGCCACCUCAACUUGCUGCUCCUCACAAAGUUGGUAGCGGAGAACCUACACCCCAUUCAGUCUUAUUGGAAAACCUUUCCAUUGUUGCGGCAUAUUCCAGGCAGGAGUCCGUUAUUUGGAAGAUUGAACGCUUCCUGAGCCGGGUCGAAAAUGUUUACUACCGUGUAUCCAGGGCGAUCACUUAUCUCGAGCGACUAGCUCAAGACCUGCAGGUAACCGAGGACAGGUCCCAUCCAGUCGUAUCUUGCAAGUAUAUUUUACAACUCAACAGCUUCGCUUCCUUAGAUAUGGUGUUGAGGAUACUGAGAAAGAGGACACCGAAGAACCGAGUAGAACUGCAAUGGGAGAUGGGACAGGCGCUGUGGCUCGAUUCAAGGCUCCCCGAAGUUCAACUGGAGGUUGUCAAAAUGCGUUUAUGGGCUUUUCAUCUCACCGUUAAAGGCCAGGCCCUCACACCCCAACAAAAGAAUCUUAUCAGGUCAACUCGGGGAAGAAUAAAGAUUGCCCACAGUCUUUUGCGCGAUUCGAGAGAGGAGUUUAGUUCGUAUGGCCCGCAGGGGGGAUUUGAGAUUGAGGGUAGUACGCUAGGUGAAGAGAGGAGGGACCGUGAAAAGAUUGUGCGCACAGAAAAAGUUUAG